AUGUCCACCAGCAGCAGCAGCGACGCGCGCGAGCCCACGCCCAACAUGCCCACUUGGGUGAAGCACCUCUACGACGAUAAUCUCCCGGCGACAGGCGACCAAAUGCAGCAACUGAUGGAUCUGGCAGAGCAGCGGAUGGAGCGGGGUCUAGGGGUCUGGAUGCAAGGCGGGUACAGUGUACAACAGGCGUGCAAGUGCUUGAGGACCGAGGUGUUAUGUAAUCGCCCCAUCUACGAGUACGCCCGGCGCAAGUUUCCGGGGCAAACUAUACCAGGCCCGAACGCGAUGGCUGUCGCGGUUGCCGGCGGCGACAUCAAGAAGCUACUCGAUGAGAUCCACGACCAGGAGUGGAUUGCGGCGCGCACCCAAUGGCGCUCAAGGCACUUCAUCGCUGAUGUGUCGCUCGGCGACAACCAGUGGUGGACGAAGCCGUCGAGGGGCGCCGGCGCACCUGCGCGCGCACUCGCAGAAGGGAGCGGGUUCGACUACCGCCACCUCCCGCAGAUUGCGGCCCCCUCUGAGCCUUCGAGCUCAGCCUCGGGCUCGUCUUCGGCAAACGCCCGCCGGGCAGUCAUGGAUGACGCCAGGCAGGUCAAAUCCAGGAAGCGGCGCCGACGUGAGGAGCUCGACGACGAGGACCAGGACGGCGCCGGCGCCGACGUGAACGAAGGGGCAUCAAGUGCCAAGGGCAAGAAACGGGCGCGUACCAAGCAAGAUCAGCGCAAGCCGCCCGCCGGCGCCGGCGCCGACGCUCUACAACCCGGCGAGGAUACCAUCACCGAGCCUCGCAAGCGCAACAAGUCGAUCGCCGAGAUCGGGCCUGAGGAAUUGCUGCGAGACCCGGCGGUUCCCUGCACUCCGUGCACAACCGCUAGCAUCCGAUGCCGGCGAGUUGGGCGAUGGACUUGCACGCCGUGCGCUCGGGCAAAAGUCCAUUGCAACGUCCGCAAGCUGAACGAGGAGGCUGGGCACCCCAUCGCCGACGAGACUCCUCGCCCAGGCGCCGGUGUCAUCUGGCAGAUGCCCAAGAGUGGCAUGGAUUGGAGCAUGGAACCGGGCGACAACGAAAUCUACAUGACAACGAUCUGGAAAAUAGUCCGCCCCAGCUCCACCUGUGAGUCCACGCUGUAUACCAUGCCGGAUUUCUUGUAUCCGCUAAGCGAGACAAUGUCAGCGGGUUCGAUCAUGAACCGCGUUCGCGCCGAGACCUCCCUCGCCGAUAUUGCGACGGUGUUUGAGAAGAUCACCAUUCUUCCCAACUGGGAGGAGAAGUGGGGUGGGGAGAGGAGGACACCGCGCCGGGCUCGACAGUGGUACUGA